UGAACAGCUACUAUUGCGCAUGCAAAGGAGGAUACGCUGGCUCGACCUGUCAAAUUGAGAUUGAUGAAUGCGAGUCCUCACCAUGUUUGAAUGGAGCCACGUGUAUCGACGGAAGAAACAUGUAUACGUGCCAUUGUAUUCCCGGGUACACUGGAACAAAGUGUGAUUACAAUAUUCAAGAGUGUGCCAGUAACCCCUGUUUCAAUGGAGCAACUUGUGAAGACAGACUGAACUCAUACCAGUGUACAUGUGCCCCUGGAUAUCAAGGUACAAAUUGUGAGUUUGAUAUUUAUGAGUGUGCCUCGCUCCCUUGUCUAAACAGCGGAGAAUGUGUGGACGUUGUGAAUGGCUUUCGUUGUAACUGUCUCCCUGGUUUUACUGGUGUUUUAUGCCAAACUGAAAUAAAUGAGUGUGCUUCAAACCCCUGCUUCAACUUUGCCACAUGUUUGGAUCUGGUAAACAGUUACACCUGUCUUUGUCUUGAUGGAUUCACAAGUGACCACUGUGAACAGAACAUGGACGAAUGUACAUCAUCGCCCUGUCAAAACGGGGCUACCUGUUAUGACUUCAUCAAUAUAUUCACGUGCCGAUGCCUCCCUGGGUUUGAGGGGACCAGAUGUGAAAUAAAUAUAAACGAGUGUGUAAGUAAUCCCUGUUUGAACCAGGCAACGUGUCACGAUAGAGUUAACCAUUACGAAUGUACCUGCCUGCCUGGGUUCUCUGGUAUUCAGUGCGAAACGGACAUUGAUGAAUGUGAAUCACAGCCGUGUGUCAAUGGUGCGACAUGCCGGGACAUGGUGAACAGCUAUGAGUGUUUGUGUCCGAAAGGCUACGAGAAUCAGCACUGUCAGGUAGAGACCAACGAAUGCGACAGCAAUCCCUGUCUCAAUGGAGGUCUGUGUAUUGAUGACAUAGGAGCAUAUGGUUGCAGAUGUCCAGAAGGGUACCAGGGCACAAAUUGUGAAGAAAAUAUAGAUGACUGUCUGUCUGAUCCUUGCAUGAACCAAGCCUCUUGUGUUGACCUAGUUAAUGCCUAUAAGUGUAUUUGCUCCCCUGGCUUUGUGGGUACAAGAUGCACUUUUGAUGUAAAUGAAUGCGAGUCGGCUCCUUGUAAGCAUGGCGCUAGUUGUAUCGACCUGGUCAAUGAGUACCAAUGUGAGUGCACUGUGGGUUAUACAGGUUCAGACUGUUCAGUAAAUAUAGGGGAAUGUGAAUCGAAUCCUUGCAACCAUCAAGGCACUUGUAUUGAUCUGAUCAAUGGCUAUAGGUGUAAGUGUAUGCCAGGAUUCGAGGGUCUCACAUGUGAGAUAAACACCAAUGAGUGUUUGAGCAACCCCUGCACAUAUGGCACAUGUAUUGAUGCAACCAAUGGAUACAUAUGCAUGUGCCACCCUGGAUAUUCUGGAUCUAACUGCCAGUUUGAGACAAACGAAUGCUUGAGCAACCCCUGUAAGUCAGGAGGAACCUGCCUCGAGAAGCUUAAUGGGUAUGAAUGCGAGUGUCUCCCUGGACUACAAGGAACACACUGUGAAAUCAAUAUCAACGAAUGCGCAUCUAACCCUUGUCAAUUUGGAACUUGUAUAGAUGAUAUAAAUGCGUAUAGUUGCAAUUGUUAUGCUGGGUUCCAAGGGGAAAUUUGCGAGACAAACUUCAAUGAAUGCUGGACAGAACCAUGCCUUCACGGUACCUGCAUCGAUGGCAUCAACAGCUACAAUUGUAAGUGCUUUGCUGGAUACUAUGGCGUCAACUGUGAUAGUAACUAUGACGACUGUGCUAGUUCACCUUGCAGAAAUGACGGAACGUGCGUCGAUGGUGUAAAUUUCUAUACAUGUAGAUGUGCUGUUGGUUUUGAAGGUAAACACUGCAACGUGGACAUCAAUGAAUGUUUGUCUGAUCCAUGCCACAAUCACGUGCACCGUGGUACAUGCAUUGACCAUGUGGGCUACUUCACUUGUGAAUGCUCUCCAGGGUUCAAGGGCGAGUUUUGUGCAGAGAACAUAAAUGAAUGUGAAUCGUUUCCGUGUGUGCAUGGUUCUAGCUGUGUUGACCUUGAUAAUGACUAUUUCUGUGAAUGUGUCCCUGGUUAUGGUGGCAAAAAUUGUGAGGUAAAUCUGGAUGAUUGUAUACCUGGAUAUUGUAAAAAUGGAGGUGAAUGCAUUGAUAUGUUAAAUGACUUUAAAUGUAAAUGCUUGCCUG